AUGGCCAAUCGUAUAUCGGACAUUUUUGCAUCGCAUUUCACGUCUCCCGCAUCUCGUCUAAAUCUGUGCCUGUUUGCAGGCGUGGCAUCCCUCGGCACUUUAAUUCUGCUGAGAUCCACGAGCGGAUCCCUCGAGUCGGAUAGACCCGAGAUCAUUCCUUCCCCAGCGCAAACCAUACUACCGUGCCUCUCCGGGGAAGAGAAAAGAGCACUACCAUAUCCCCCAGAUGCGCUCCGGGGAGCUCGUGACGUGGAUAGUCCAUACGGUAGUGUUCGGCUGUACGAGUUCGGACCAGAGCAGGGUGAGAAGGUGUUGCUCAUUCAUGGUAUCUCGACCCCAAGCAUCGCCCUAGCGGGUCUGGCUCACCAACUUGUCGAAAGAGGAUAUCGCGUUAUGCUAUUUGACCUCUUCGGACGCGGCUUCAGCUCGGGCCCAGACCCCUCAACGCACCGCUACGACUCUGCGCUCUACGCCUCCGAGAUUCUUCUGUGCAUCCAGUCAUCGCCCAUCCCCUGGACCUCCUUCACGCUAAUCGGAUACUCACUUGGUGGCGCCAUCGCUGCGGACUUCGCAUCGUACUUCCCGAAUCUUAUCAAGGGUCUAGUUCUGGUUGCCCCAGGUGGUUUGAUCCGAACGAAGCAUAUCACUUGGAAGAGCAAACUAUUGUAUUCGACCGGCGGGCUUAUACCGGAAUUUCUCAUCCAAAGACUCGUCGCUCGAAGACUCUGGACUGGUCCGGAGACGACACGAACCAUCGAGCCGGAGCCCGACGGUCAGGCAUCCCCGCUCAACGACGAUGAGCCGAAAGGCGGCUUGAGAAGUCGAGCGGUGUAUAUAACCAGCCAUCUCGGCCUCCUUCGGGACAAUCCGAACAGCACGGCAUCCACGGUGGUGGACUGGCAGCUCCUGCACCACCAAGGGUUCGUACCAGCUUUUAUUUCUAGCAUUCGGUACGCUCCGAUCCACAACCAGCAUCAUCGGUGGCGAAUCGUUGCGCAGAAUAUCGAGAAGGGCGUUGGGGAGUUGAAGGAAGUCUGGCUAGUGUUAGGAGACGCGGAUCCAAUCAUCAUAGCGGAAGAGCUGAUCGAAGACGCAAGGGAAGUUUUGGGGGAGAAGAAGCUCCGAGUCAGGAUUGUGAAGGGGGCAGGGCACGAGGUAGCUAUCGAUCGCGCGGACGAGAUUGUGGAGGUUGUGGACCAGGCGCUGAAAGAACAAGCCUAG